AAAAUGCUACCCUUCCGUGCGUAAACGUUGCCUGAAAAGUCUACAAACAAACGCGAAAAACAGUCGAAUUUUGCUGGGAAAAUUCCAUUUAUUUCGGUGAUUAAUUAUCGAGUCGUGCCAAAGAAACGAACCAUCAACCGUGAAACAGUGCGGAUAGCAGUUAAUUCGGUAGAAACGCUAGCCAACCAAUCACCCUGCCAAGAUGGCGAUGUCCAAGACGACCAACACGUACAAUCGCCAAAACUGGGAGGAUUCCGAAUUUCCCGUCCUCUGCCAGACCUGCCUCGGCGAUAAUCCGUACGUUCGAAUGAUCAAGGAGCGCUACGGCAAGGAAUGCAAAAUCUGCACCCGCCCGUUCACAAUCUUCCGCUGGUGUCCGGGAGCGCGGAUGCGCUUCAAGAAAACGGAAAUCUGCCAGACGUGCAGCAAGCUGAAGAACGUCUGCCAGACUUGCCUGCUCGAUUUGGAGUACGGUCUGCCGACGCAGGUCCGCGAUGCGGCGCUCAAGAUCCAGGACAAGAUCCCGGAAAGCGACGUCAAUAAGGAGUACUACAUUCAGACGAUCGAAGCCCAGCUGAAGGCGAACGGUGACAAUACGGUGGCAGCCGGAAUGGUGGGCAAAUCGUUGGCCGCCAGUGAUAUGUUGGCCAAGCUGGCCCGAACGGCACCGUACUACAAGCGGAAUCUGCCUCACAUUUGUUCGUUCUGGGUCAAGGGCGAAUGCAAGCGCGGAGAGGAGUGCCCCUAUCGGCAUGAUAAGCCCGUGGAACCGGACGAUCCACUGUCGGAGCAGAACAUUCGGGAUCGUUACUACGGUCGGAACGAUCCAGUGGCAGACAAGCUGAUGAAGCGGGCAGCAUCCAUUCCAACGCUGGAACCUCCGGAGGACAAAACGAUCACUACGCUGUACGUCGGAAAUCUUGGAGAACACAUUACCGAAGUGGACAUUCGGGACAACUUCUACCACUACGGAGAAAUCCGGUCCGUUUCGCUAGUGCCGCGUCAGCAGUGUGCCUUUGUACAGUACACUAAGCGUGCAGCGGCCGAACUGGCCGCCGAGAAGACCUUCAACAAGUUGAUUCUCGGUGGCAAGAAGCUCACCAUUAAAUGGGCCCACUCGCAAGCCAAAUCCACAGCUUAUGCCCAAAGUUCCGUUCCACGAACGAACCGGAUCUUCGAUCCGGUUCCGGGUCUGCCCGGGCAGCUUCCCAUGCCUCCGAAUCCAAACGAUUACUUCAAUCUGCAAGCAUCGGAGAUGGCCGUCCUGCCGCCGGGCAUGAAGAUCCAUCAGCUGCCACCGGGGCUGAUUCCGGGGGCACCGACCAUGUAUUCGCAGCCAUCCGGAUCGGGAACAACGGGACCUGCGGCGGCAGCUGCCGCCGUUGCUGCAGCCCACUCACAGCAACAGCAGGUCAUGGUACCGUCGUCACUGCCCAAUCCGGGCCUGCAGCAGAUGCACUACCCCAGUCAGGAUCCGGCCCGGUUGGGAGCGCUGAAGAAGUAGAGGGGUGCGAGGGGAGGUGACCGUUGUGACGUGCGAGUUAUGUGUGCCAGCGUG